AUGAUAGCUCUUUUGGGAAUUUUCUUUUUGGGUUGUGUGUUGCUUGCAAUUUUCUACUGGCUCAGGCAAAAUCGCUUGUCAAAAAAUCAGCUUGAUCAGCAUCACUCUCGUUUCAAUCAUAUAAAUUCUAGGCAUACAUCUCCAGUGUUAGAAAAUAAUUCCUCUUCUGUAUCCUUGUCCCCGGCAUGCGAGGAGUAUGGUGUUGAUCACUUACAAGAGUUGCGGAACCAUGUCGCUAACAACAACAAACCAACCGCUUUUGGGAUAACAAAUGAGCAUUUCGACCGUCUUGAUUUUGGUUCUUUACAAAAAUUACAAAAUCAGACGACUGUCCUUAUAAGAAAAAAACAACAGCAACUUUCUUCAUCUUCUUCGAAUUUCAGGAGUGGAUGCAUAACUGAGGGAACAAUUUCGAGAGGAGUUUUGACAAUAAACACUGCAAAUGAUAAAUACAGCAACAAUAAUUUGAAUUCUGACGAUGAACUUAUAUGGAAUGAGAAUGGAUUGCAAAAAAGGGAUAACAAUAAUGCUAUCAAUGCUGAUUUAAAUGCUGCAGCAGCUUGCCGGUCAAUUACGGAAAUUUAUCGUUCAGCUGAAAUGAAAUUAAAAAAUAUGAUGCCAAACGAGCAAAAUACUCCAAGGAAAACAGAAUUUAAAAGUAAUUCGAAUUUCUAUCGAAACAAAAUUUUUGAUCACAUAUUUGAUAAAUCUGUAGGUGAAUAUUCCAUCCCAGCAUCAAAACAACAUAAUUUUGAUGAAAAAUACAAGGAAGUGUUAACUGGAUGUGUCAAUAAAAUUCGUGGUUAUGGCACAAGAAAAUUGACAGAACAAGAAAUGCUGAGAUGGCGACAGCUAGUCAAAAAUGAUCAAAAUUUUCAGGCAAAUUUAUUACUUGAUUGA